AUGGGCCGUUGGCAGUCUGGCAAAGCGAUCUACGCUCGUAUGUUCAGUUGGCUUAUCAAACGCGUGAAUCGAACGCUUGCUGCGAGCCUCGACGAGUCGGCGCAUUACAUUGGAGUGCUUGAUAUAGCCGGUUUCGAAAUUUUUGAUUUUGAUUUCAGAGCAACUCAUUCGAACAGCUUUGGAUCAACUUUGUCAACGAGAAACUUGCAACAAUUCUUCAAUCAUCAUAUGUUCGUUCUGGAACAGGAAGAGUAUUCCCGUGAAGGGAUUCAAUGGCAGUUCAUCGAUUUUGGACUCGACUUGCAAGCCUGUAUUGAUUUGAUCGAAAAGCCUCUCGGUAUCAUCUCUAUGCUCGACGAAGAAUGUAUUGUUCCAAAAGCAAAUGAUAUGACAUAUGUUGACAAACUGACUAAUCAACAUCUUGGCAAGCAUCCAAACUUCCAGAAGGCGAAACCACCAAAGGGAAACCAAGCACCAGCUCAUUUUGCUGUCGUUCAUUAUGCAGGUACCGUUCGAUACAACGCUGAUCAGUGGCUGGAGAAGAACAAGGACCCACUGAAUGAUUCAGCGGUAGCCGUUCUAAAGACGAGCGACAAAACCCGUCUGAUCUAUCAAAUCUGGGAGGACUACAUGACGGAUGUGGACAGAGAAGAAUUCGCUGCACGAGGUGGGCAAGACUCAAGACCGCAAGAAAGGCAAAUCAGCUUCUUUCCUUACUGUAUCAACGAUGUACAGGGAGUCACUUGCCAGUCUCAUGUCUAUGCUUCACAAAACACAUCCGCAUUUCAUCAGCUGACCUGCAACGGCGUACUGGAAGGUAUUCGAAUCUGCCGUAAAGGUUUCCCUAACCGUAUGACGUUUGGCGACUUCCGUUUCCGAUAUGCUAUUUUGGCUGCUGAUGAGGCAUCUGGGAACGAUGUUGCGGAGGUAAAACCAUACUCAACCUAA